AUGGCGCCGAGGGGAGGGGACAAGGGCAGGGGCACGGACAACAGCAAGGGCAAAGGCAGAGUCAAGAGCAGGGGCAGGAAGGCGACGAAACAAAAGACCGUCACAACGUCGACGCCUCAACCAUCGCUGUCACCGGCUCCCGGGACGUCAACGCCGACGGAGGAGGAAGAGUACUCUGGGCGGCUUGGAGGCGCAUACCAGGCGGCCAUACCGGAACUUGAGACCAUGCCAGUUUCUCGGCCUGAGGCAUCGCCGGCAACAGCAUCAUCUGCGGCGAGGGCGGCUACCUGCAGGCAGAUUUGGGCCGCCGUCAAGCCCACGGCAGCCGGGGACCAUUCCACACAAGAGCAGAAGGAAAAAGAGUUGUUCAUCAUGUGCGCCAACUGCCUGGUCCACGAGUUCAAAGGACGGAUCCCAGUAGACCGGGUAGGAGAAACACGGGCAGUCAAGCUUAGGGCAGUGAAGGGUACGGGGGGGGCAAUCAGGAUCGAUCAUUGA